UUCCGGGGAGCUGGCCCCGCUUCCGUUGUGGCAGCGCCGCUGAGCUUCGCCUGGCCGCUGAGCACCAGACUAUACGCUCUGCAGUUGCAGCUGAGACCUUUCCUCUGGGCUGCUUGAUCAAAAAGGAGGAAGCAGCAAUGUCUGCCAUGGGGACUGCAGCUCCAUACCUGCAUUACCCUGGUGAUAGCCACAGUGGCCGGGUGAGUUUCCUGGGGGCCCAACUCCCCCCAGAAGUGGCAGCAAUGCCCCGGCUCCUGGGAGACCUGGACAGGGGCACAUUCAGAAAGUUGCUGAAGCUGGUGGUCAGCAGUCUACAGGGAGAGGACUGCCGGGAGGCUGUGCAGCGCCUCAGGGCUGGAGCAGACCUGUCGGAGGAACGGCUGGGUGUCCUCCUCGCCGGCACAAACACACUGCUCCAGCAGGCCAUCCGGCUGCCCCCAGCCAGCCUGAAGCCUGAUGCCUUCAAGGACCAGCUCCAGGAGCUCUGCAUCCCGCAAGACCUGGUCACAGACUUGGCCAGUGUGGUGUUUGGGAGCCAGCGGCUUCUCCUCAACUCUGUGGCCGGGCAGCAGGGGGCCUGGCUGCCCCAUGUUGCCGGCUUGUGGUGGAGGGUGGACGUGGCAAUCUCCACCAGUGCCCUGGCCCGCUCCCUGCAGCCAAGUGUCCUGAUGCAGCUGAAGCUUUCAGAUGGGUCGGCAUUCCGCUUUGAGAUCCCAACAGCCAAGUUCCAGGAGCUGCGGUACAGCGUGGCCCUGGUCCUCAAAGAGAUGGCCGACCUGGAGAAGAGGUGUGAGCUCAAACUGCAGGACUGA